AGUUAAGGCAUUUGAAAUUUUUUACUGUCAUGUAGGUUCUGUUACCAGAACAAUAGAAGCAAUUAAGAAUACCAAACAAAGCCGUUGCUAAGCAACUGCUAGUUUGAUUGAAAUUGUUUAAUUUUCUUUUCGAAUCUUAUGUUUCGGUGCCUAUAUUCUCGUAGUUUUACUAGUAUAGUUAGUGAAAAUGGCCAAUAACUCCUUAGCCAGUAAUGAACCAACCAGUGAAGAUAUACUUAAUGAAGAAUUUUUACUAAUUGAAAAAUCUUGUGAAUCUAAAGAUAGUGACGAUGAAAUUAGAAAUAUACUCAAUGAACUAAAAAGACUGUCUACUAUUAAGAAUAAAGAUGCUGAAAUCGGAGAGGAUAUUGAGGACGUUGAUAUGAUUUUAAAGAGAGCCGAAGAUAUUGCACAUGAGACCAAGAAUUUGUUGAACAGUAGUCCCAUUAUUGGUAUACCCAAUGGUGUUUCAUCUAAUACGGUGGAUAAAAUACCUCAAAUAAAAGUUACGAAGCACCAUACCAAUGAAAACAACAUUGAAAUUGAUCAUAAAAUCUUUGGACAUCAGAAGGUAAAUGAAAAUAUAAAAGUGAAUAGUAAAGAUAACACUGAAAAUCGUCGUAAAACAAAAACGAGACCAUUUUCAGCUGGAUUUAUAGAUUGUAAGAAAAAGGAAGUUGGUAAAGUGAAGACGGCAAAUAAUUCCCCGAAACGUUCGUUGUGCAGACAUGAAAAUUUAAUAGAAGAAUUAAAAGAUACAAAUGAACGAGUGAAAUCUUUAGAAUUAUUAAAUGUACAACUAACAGAAGACAAUAAACUAUUCAAAAAAAAAUUAGAUCAAAUUAAUAAUGAAAAACAUAUCGCAGAAUUAAAAUUAAAUGAAUGUGAAAAAUUUAUUAAUAAGCUAUCUAAAGAAUAUGAAAAUAAAAAUUCCGAAUUAAAUUCAAUAAGAGAUUGUGAAUCGCAUAUUAGAGCUGAAUUGCACAAGGAAAGAAAUGAAAGGAAAAGUUUAACUUCACAACACGAAAAAGAUCUAAUAGUUAUCAAUGAUCUACAAAGACAAGUUAAGGAAAUGGAAAUGAUUUUACGUCGAAAACAUCCUGACUCUGUUUCUGCUUUGAUUGUGGCAUCAAAAUCAUCGACAGUUGAAGAUAAUAAGAAGAAAUUAUUAGAAGAACGAAUUGCUCGUUUGGAGCAGGAAUUAAAAGAUAAAGAAAAUCACUUCCAAAGUAUACUUGUUACAUUACAAGAGAAGUUUAGUGAUAUGAAGCACAAAUACGAGAGUCAUAUUAUUGAUGUUGAAAGACAAUUAAUGGAAGAUCGUAAGGUUAAUACAGAUCUUAAAAAUAAAGUCAAUAAAACUAAUCUAAAGGAUUCUUCAGUCCAAACGUUGGCUGUAAGUCGACAUACAGUUGGCACUCAGACUUUUUCAAAACCAGAUAGAGCGUCGUCUGCAGUUAGUCGAAUAUCGCAAAACUCCACUUUAUUUUUAAACAAAUUAAAAGAAGACAGUUAUCUCAUAGCCACAAUAAAAGGUUUGCAAGCUGAGUUGACUGUGAAGCAAAGAACAAUCUCCAAAAUUAAUAGAGAGACAGAAGAAUUGAAAAAGAAUUUACGAAACUUGCAGAAAGAGAAAGAAGUGUUAGCGAAUUUACAUCCACAAAAGAGGACACCCUGUAAACAAACCAAAUCCGUUGAAAAUAUUCUAGCUAAAGUGACCAAUGAAUUUGAAUCUGAACUUUCUGAAGCUAGAAAACAAAAGGAAGUUCUUGCGCAGGAAAAGUCAAGCUUGCUCGAUUCUCUCAAACGAACUAAUGAAGAGUUUAUAUUGUUGAAAAAGAAGCGUAUACAAGAUCUUCACACUUUACAAUUAGCACACGAAAAGGAACUAAUGCAGAUGAAUAUGCAGUUAUAUCCAUUGCAAGAAGAGAUCAAGUUAUUGAACCGGACGGUCGAAAUCUUACAAGAACGCGUCAGGGCCGCGGAUGAAAAGUUACGAUGUAACGGUAAGAGAGAUGUAGACGUUAGGGCCGGUGGUGAUAAUAUAAUUUCUAAUAAUAAACGUUGAAUUUAAUUUUUAUUUAUUUAGAAUAUCAAAGUGUAUUUCUAGGAUAAGCAAAGGAACACUUUUUUUUACAACGACAGAAAAUGUUUUUUCAUUUUUUUUCUGUUCCAAAAUAUAUUUUUAUUUCAUGUUUUCUACCGAAACGAUGUUUCAGUGUGAUUUUAAUUUAGCAUGUUAUGUGAUUAUUUAAAGCGUUUUCAUAAUGUAUACGUUUUAAUUUAGUUUUAAAAAUUAUAGUAAUAAUGAUAUUGCAUUAUUGUGGCUGAUUGGGACCAUUGAUGAUGGCUGAUUAUAAUACAAAAAUAAAGUGACCUUUAGACUGUUGUUACAACGCAUAAAAUUGUAGUCUUAAAAUGUGCUUUUAAUUGUAAGUUUCCACACAAAAUAUUUGUACAAAAAUAUGUUGCUAUCUCUAUUUUUCCAAUAAGAAUGAUAGUGAUGAGAAAUAGUUUUUGUACAAGAAUUCAGUGAAAAUUUACGGUAAUGUUUUUAGUGCCUAGUGACAUUUACCUCUAGUCAAUAUUUUCAUGAGAUUUUUACUCUACAAAAUAAGUUAUUGUUGCGGUGCC